CCCCAGAGGCACAAGCAAAGCACUGGUCAUGAUGGUUCCUCUGAAGCGUUUACUGCCCUUUAUAUAUGUGCUGAGUAUUUGGAAUAUGGGAUAUGCCAGAGGCUGUGCUGAUCAACAGGCUCUGAUCAACGGACUGUGCUGUGACCGGUGUCCUCCAGGUAAUCAUGUGGAGGAGUUCUGCACUCAGCACAAGCCGACUGUGUGUAGCCCAUGUGGCGAAGGCUUCUUCUCCAAUCACUCCACUGUCUUUGCCAAAUGUGAGGAAUGCCAGUCAUGCCAACAUGAAUAUGCUGAGAAAUGUACGGCAACCACAAAUGCAAAGUGUUCGUGUCUCUCUGGUUUCCUUUGCUCCGACAAUGUGUGUUCGACUUGUGAGGAAAACAAGUGUGUCACAGGGGAGAAAGUGUACAGGACAGACGUUUCCACAGGUAGAAGUUUGAUCAAGUAUUCGUAUCAGUGCAAGCCUAUAUGCCCUGAUAAUGCCUAUUUUGAUGUGAAAGUCAAUAACUGCAACCAACGGACACAGUGCAAAGCAUUUGGAUUUGCUGAACUCUUUCCAGGAAACAAAACCCACGACUCAGUUUGUGAUGCACCUGCAGUGAUGAACAGCAGUGGUGGAGACUCCGUUCAUAUUAUUCUGGGCAUCAGCCUUGUUCUGCUCUCUCUUGUUUCCCUUUUGAUUCUGUCUACUGCCUGCAUAAAGAGCCGAAGGAAGCAUAGAGCAAAUAACAAUCCUGUGUUAAUGGUCUCCAACCAAACCACUGACUUUCACCUGUCAAAGGAGGAGAGCGGAAUCCAGCUCAUCAUACAGGACAGCAACAGUUCUGAUGAAUUGCAUCUGGGAAAAUGACACCACUCUUUGAUAAACAAAAUAGUCUAAGAUGAUGUGACCAGUCUUAAUAGCGACAUCUUAAACUUAAACUUGAUGUGAUGAUGAAAAACAGUAGAUAUUUUCAUCUAAAGAAGCAAUAAAUAAAGAUAUCUAGUUGUUAGAGAUGCAAUAUUUGACUGAAAGAUGAGCACUUGCUCUUUCCUUAUUGCCAUUGCUCAUUUGGGCAAGGCACUGGAUUUCCAUGUGUUCCAGUAAAAAUUGAUACAAACUCCACAGAAAAAUAGAAAAAAACACAAUUUUAUGUUGUUUACAAUAUGUUUAUUACAAGGGAUAUGUUCACCAAUACUUCAUCUCCAUGUGCCUGCCAGUACUAAGCACUCAUCGAUAUCAAUCUCUUGUUUUCUAUCUAAACUGGAAUACAACUCAUCGAUAUGCUAAAGGGACCUCAUGACGAUGAUUUUCGUGCAAUGUUCCAUGAGGCCAGGGAUACAUAUCAGUUUACACAGCUGUAUAUAACAGCUGUAUUUGUCUUUUUGUUUUUGUAUUUAUUGUUGUAGACCCUCUUGGCCAGGUCUCUUGUAAAAGAGAUUUGUGUAGUGUUUGUGUGUGUGUGUGUGUGUGUAUAUAUAUAUAU